AGCUAAAAUAUCGUUUUCUCGUGUUAUUGCUAGGUUCAGAAGCACUCUUCUUCGAAUUGAUCUGUUGUAGAAUAAAGAACUUGACCGACUGGGGCGAAACUUUCGACUCCGUAGAAGGGUUUAUAAAAGCUCCCUUGAGUUCUCACUCCUCCAACACGAAAGGAUCAGAUGGUCGCACGGGGUACUGGAGUCCGUCUUCCCAGAUUUUGUCAAGCUGGCGGCAAUAAUCUUCCGUACAAAACACUGCAACUCGUUUGAUAAUAAGGGAGAAUCAUUGGUGGCUCUACUGAUUAUUUUAACUAUCUAUUCAAUUACCUGCAACAAACCGCUAACUUUGGAUUCAGGAGAGAUGAAAGGGUAUCAGCUAUCUGAAGACGACCUAGAACACAUACCACGGAAGUACAUAUGUGAAUAUUGCCACUUUAUGUUGCGUGACCCAGUACAAACGCCCUGUGCUCACUUUUAUUGCCGAAGCUGUUUCGAAAAUUUGAAAAGGGACGCGGUCUUCAAGUGUAAGGUUGAUGAUGAAGAAUUCAACGUUGCUGAGAUCUUUCCUGAUGGAUGCGUCAAAAAGGAGAUCCAAAGUCUUACGGUCCACUGCUUACAUUUCUCCCACGGGUGUGGGUGGGAAGGUAAAAUAACUGACCUAGAGGAACAUGUCACCACUUGCGACUACGAAGAGAUAAACUGCGUCUUCGAGGACAAGUGUAAAACGAAACUGUUAAGAAAAAAUCUGGCUGGACAUCUGGAAAAGGAGUGCAGUCAAAGAAAGGCACCUUGUGAAUACUGUAACGAAGAACUACCUUUCUCUGAUUUGGAGGAUCAUCACAAAAAUGAUUGCCAAUCAUUUCCAAUCAAAUGCAUUUUGUGUAACGAGGAAGACAUACCUCGAGGGAAAAUCAAAGCACAUCGUGAUCCAGAGAAUGGAGACUGUGAAGGAUCGAAAGCAAUAUGUCCCUUUCGCUCAUUAGGAUGCAAAAGCAUAGAGGAGAUGAGUCGUCGCGAGAAGCGUGAUCACGAAGAGACCUUGGUGUCAUUGCACCUCAAUCUUCUCCUCCGGUUUGUAUUUGAUCUAAAGGAUCAGGUAGGAUUCUUCGUCAAUGAAAUAAACCCGUUGAGAGAGGGUAUCGCUGUAAUGGGCCGACUGAAGUCCACAGUCUCCCAGCUUGUGUCCCAGGUAACAGCAGUUGUUCGAGAGAAUGGGGCCAUUCAAGAUGAACUUCAUGAUUUAAGAUCUCGUUUAAUGCACGUGGAGGAUAACUUGGUAGAACCUGAGUCAGUACCAGCGGGAGAGCACGGUUCCCUUAACGCUCAGUAUCAACAGAUAACUAAUGUGUUAGAUGACGUCAAAAGGAAGAUCAGCCACAUCCAGGGGCAAUUUGCAAAUCAUGAACUUCUACUCGCAGAAGCAAAUCAAGCCAUACAUGAGCAAAACAACGAAAUAGUCUGGCUGAAGAGACAAGAUGAGAGAAACAAAGACCUUUUGAGGCGACUUCAGGCAAAAGUAGACUCUAUGGACGAAGCCAUGAGAACGAGGAAUUUCCCGCCAGAAGCUGGUUUGCAAAUUAACAGGGACCAAGAACCUUACAGUUUCGAUGGCGUACUUCUUUGGAGGAUUUCAAAUGUCGCAGCCAAGAUAUACGAUUCUUUUAACGAGCCAGAGAAGUCUUUUUACAGCCCUCCUUUUUACACAAGUCGCCAAGGUUACAAGAUGUGCGCGCGCAUCUAUUUAAAUGGAGACGGGACAGGCAAGGGAACGCACAUUUCGCUGUUUUUCGUGGUGAUGCGGGGCGAAUACGAUGCACUACUUCGCUGGCCAUUCCGACAGAAGGUCACCUUCAUGAUAUUAGAUCAAAAUAACAGGGAACACGUGAUUGACGCAUUCAGACCUGAUCCGAACAGUUCAUCCUUCCACAGGCCGCGAAGAGAAACAAACAUCGCCAGCGGAUGUCCCUUGUUCUUUCCGCUGACAGAAUUGAACAGGCACGCUUAUAUCAAGGAUGACGUAAUGUUUGUGAAAGUUAUAGUUGACUGCUCUGACUUGUGAAAGGUAUCCUCUCGUUUAUUUCAAAGUUUUUGGUAGUUAAUACUUGAAAUCCCUUUAUUCGACAUUUUCCAUUGAUAUUUCGUGGGUACGUGUGAUUUUUCGAUAAAAAUAAUGGCUUGCUAAAAACAAAAAUAACGUACAAAAAAAUGAUUAAAAAAAAGAAUUAAAUUAAAAAAAAAUUGAGUUAUGUAACACUUAAGAAACUCUGAAUAUAGGAACAUUUCACUGUUUUUAGUUGUAUUUCCUAGUCUUUGAUAAUCUAGUGAUGCAGGGAAACAAUUAUUCUGAAGUUAGAUAUUAGAAAUUUUAAAGCAAUUGAAUCAAUUCUACUUCUUAUUUUCGUAAUUAUAUCACAAGUUGUAGUAAAGUUCCCGAGCUUUCAACAUUAUCCGUUGAUAUUUCGUUCGUAAUCGUGAUUUUUAGAAGAAAAUAGCACCUUGCUUUAAAUAAAAAAAAAAUUAAAAAAUGAGUAGUAAUAAAAAAAAAAAUAAUAAUAAUUUUUAAAAAAGAUGUAUCCAUGUAACCUAAACUUAUUUUUGGACAAAGGAGCAUUCCAAUUUUUUCAGUUGUUUAUUGUAGUCUUGGAUAAUUUUGUGAUGUCCAAAAACAAAUCUACUGUUGUUACAUGUUAGGAAUUUUGAAAGAAUCAAAUCUGUUCACUUUUUUUUGCUAUCACUACUUGUCAUAAGACGACUAACAAUAAUUCUUAUGUAAGAUGGUUUUAAAAAUUCUAUCCUUUGACGCUAGAUAGCUAGAUAAGACGAUUCAACUUUCUGUAAUAUUCGGCCGGAUUUAUUACGACCUUUGGAGUUUGAAAUUAUUCCUUUAAUUUGAUUGAUUGUAAUGCUUAUGAUAAAGUGUACCCUAUUUCAUGUAAUGUGCCUAAUCACUUUUGAGUAUAUCACAUGGAGGAACGACCAGAUACGCUGGACAUCACAACACUGAUGACCUCAACGAUGAUGGAUGAGACGCCUGACCAUAUCUAGGAGCCUCGAUUUUGUGUAGCUUGUAAAUAUCAUGCAACGGGUCGAAAUACGCACGCCGAAAGGUAUUUAGACUCGAACACAUUUAAAGCUCAAUUAUAAAACAUUUAACUCAGACACAGAAAUGUGUUAAUUAUGGGGCAGGCUUAAAUGAUGGAGAAAAUUGGAGAAAGUCAUAUGCCAUUUUGGUGUUUGAAUCUUCAUAAUUCUAUAUUUGAAUACAGAAAAUAUCAUGGGUGCCCGACGGCACUCCUUGCACUCACUGGACAGUGGAAGGAAGAUCUUGAUAAUCAUAACGUUAUUGACACAGUAGCCAUUGAUUAAGUAAGGCUUUUGACAGUCUACCACAUGACUUAAUUCUGGAAAAACUUAAAUUCUAUGGCUUUGGUGAUCAAGCGCUAUCUUUUAUGCGAAGCUAUCUCUCUUCUCGCCAUCAGAUAGUGAAGCUCGGUACCGCCUUCUCCACUUGGAAAGGGGUGUUAAAAGGAGUCCCUCAAGGCUCUGUCUUGGGACCUACAUUGUUUAGUAUUUUCAUAAAUGAAAUGGAUAUGGCCCGGACUGGCCGCAAAGUGAGUGCUCAAAUAAACGCGCUUAAUAAUAGACUGAAUAAUAUUUUACCACUUAAAACCAAGAAAUCGUUAUAUCGCUCGUUCAUACUACCGAAUUUUUAUUACUGCAACCAAGUUUGGCACCAUUGCGGAAAAAGAAACACUGCAAAAAUCGAAAAACUCAAUGAAAGAGCGUUGAGAUAUGCCUAUAAUGAUAAACAUGCAUUUUAUCAGCAUCUCUUGGAAAGGAUAAGACUACCCUCCAUGGAAUCUCGAAGAAUUCAAGACAUGUUACUGACAAUACAUAACAGCAUAUCGAACAAAGCACCCCGGGAAAUUAGGAAUCUUAGUAACUUACGCUCAUUUAAGUACAAUCUUAGUGCCAAGAAUAUGUUUUAUCUUUACCUUAAGUUAACACUACUGAAGUCAUGGAGAUAUUUUGCAGCCAAGAAAUGGAAUGAACUCUCAAAUGACGUUAGAAUAAAAGCGGGCACCAAAGAAAUAGUAGACAGACUUAGAUCGUUAAAUUUCGGGGAUUAGUAGAUUUGUAACGUUAGUUUAAAUAGUAUUUUGAUUGCGGCGGUAAUAUUGUAAUAACAGUUUUAAAUAGCUUUUAAUUAGUAUUUAAUUUUAUUUUACCCGCUGUUGAUAUUAGCGUUGUUAGUUGUUAGGUUUUCAUU